AUGAACCUCAACUUCACCUCCCCUCUCCACCCCGUGUCUUCCCAGAGGCCCACGUCCUUUUUUAUUGAGGACAUCCUGCUGCACAAGCCCAAGCCGCUGCGGGAGGUAGCUCCUGACCACUUCGCCAGUUCCCUGGCCUCCCGAGUCCCACUGUUAGACUAUGGUUACCCCCUCAUGCCCACGCCGACCCUUCUGGCUCCUCACCCGCAUCAUCCUCUCCACAAAGGCGAUCACCAUCACCCUUAUUUCCUUACUACCUCUGGGGUGCCAGUCUCUGCGUUGUUCCCGCAUCCCCCUCACACCGAUCUUCCGGGGAAGCACUGCCGCCGCCGUAAAGCCCGCACCGUCUUUUCUGACUCUCAGCUCUCCGGUCUCGAGAAGAGGUUCGAGAUUCAACGUUAUCUGUCCACCCCAGAGCGGGUGGAGCUGGCCACGGCUCUCAGCCUGUCCGAGACUCAGGUGAAGACGUGGUUCCAGAAUCGGAGGAUGAAGCACAAAAAACAGCUGCGGAAAAGCCAGGACGAGCCUAAGGCACCUGGCGGCCAGGAGAGCCCCCAGCGCAGCCCACACGCCUCCGAGGCGGUGUCCGUCGAGCCCCGGACUGGGCCGCCUGUAGCCGGCCCCUUCGUGCUCACUGAGCCCGAGGACGAAGUGGACAUCGGGGACGAGGGAGAGCUGGGCCCCGGGCCGCAUCUACUCUGAACUGCUGAGUCCGAGAGAGGAAGGGAAAG